AUGGAGAAAGACGACAGCCAAAUCUCUCAGGAUGGCACUGAGAACGUCGAGCACGCGCCUCGGCGUGGCUCCUUCGCCAACAUGGACAAUCUCGCUGCCGUCUUCGAGAACCCCCUGAAGCAACGCACCAAAGAAGAGCUCCUAAAAGAUGUUGAUGAAUUCUGUCGAAUGCAUGAUCUCAACGACUACCUCGACGACUUCCGUAAGGGUGCCCUGGCCGCCCAGAGCCCGGAAUCCAUCCACAUGCUGGAGGAACUCACUCCCGAGGACAAAAACAUCAUUGAACGAGAGCAGACGCACCGCUGGUCUCAUCCAUUCAUGCUCUACUGGCUUUGCUGCAUGUGCUCCAUGGCUGCCGCAGUGCAGGGAAUGGACGAGACGGUCAACAAUGGUGCCCAAGCUUUGUAUCUGGCCGAUCUUGACAUUGCAGGGCCCGGAGUCACUCGCUUCUCCCCCUCCAUGCAGGAUAACAUUACUGGCCUAGUCGUUGGCGCUCCGUACCUCUGCUGCGCCAUACUUGGCUGCUGGCUGACGGAGCCUUUGAACAAAGUUCUCGGACGAAGAGGAACAAUCUUUCUCUCUUGCUUUAUUGCUGCCGUUGCCUCUAUUUGGGAGGGCGUGGCCAACUCUUGGGUGAAUCUGUUCCUCGCUCGAUUUGUUCUUGGUCUCGGCAUCGGUCCCAAGUCGUCAACUGUGCCCGUUUACGCUGCUGAAUGCAGUCCUGCGCCGAUUCGAGGUGCCUUGGUCAUGCAGUGGCAGAUGUGGACUGCCUUUGGCAUCAUGCUCGGCAACAUAAUGGGUGUUGCGUUUGGUCCAUCAACAGGCAUCAAGCCCUCUCUCGGCUGGCGUCUUAUGCUCGGCAGCACCGUCGUCUUGCCCCUGAUUGUCUGUGCGCAGGUUUACCUUUGUCCCGAAUCUCCUCGUUGGUAUAUCCAACAUAAAAAGGUCAAAAAGGCUUUCAGAUCAUUCCAGCGCCUGCGAUACUCCAACAUCCAAGCUGCUCGUGAUACAUAUUAUACCUAUGUUGGAGUUGAGAUUGAGCGCGAAGCGAAUAGGGGCAAAAACCUCUUCACUCAGUUUGGCGAGCUUUUUACCGUCCCAAGAAACCGCCGGGCUACAUGGGCCACAUGGAUUCUCAUGUUUGGUCAACAAUUCUGUGGAGUGAAUAUCAUUGCUUACUACAGUACGACCAUCUUCAUCGAGUCCGGCUACUCUACCAACUCGGCCUUGCUUGCAUCUAUGGGCACCGGCAUUCUCAACUUCGUGUUUGCCAUCCCCGCAGUUUUUACCAUUGACAGAUGGGGCCGUCGAAACCUUUUGCUCUUUACGUUUCCCUUCCUGUGCCUCUUUUUGCUGUGGACUGGCAUGUCGUUUUUCAUCCCAGAUGAUGGUACCAAGAAGAGAGUCGGUAUGGUUACAACGGGCAUGUACCUCUUUGAGGUCUUUUAUUCUCCGGGUGAAGGUCCAGUGCCGUUCACAUACUCGGCAGAGGCCUUCCCAGUCCAUGUCCGUGAUGUGGGAAUGUCAUGGGCUACUGCGACCACUUGGUGUUUCAACUUCAUUCUCUCUUUCACUUGGCCAUCCAUCUCUAGGGCGUUUACUGUCCAGGGGGCAUUCGGAUGGUAUGCAGCUUGGUGUGCUGUCCUUUGGGUCUUCAUCCUCCUAUUUGUGCCUGAGACCAAGGCACUCACUCUUGAAGAGCUGGACCAGGUGUUUGGAGUAAGCACUCGCAAACACACGAGCUACCAGAUUAAGAAUGCUAUGUGGCACUUUAGAACCUGGGUACUGCGACAAGAGCUGGAGCCUCUGCCUCCCUUUUACCGUCGUGCCGAAAGGCUCAAUCAUAAGUAG